GAUGCGAAAAUCCUGGAACAAUAACUCGAGAUCCUGCUGAGCAGAGAGAAUCAGAAUUCCCAAAACCCUAAUCGAUCUGAGGGAAGAACGAGAAGCUGGGCUAUGUCGGACCCUUACGAGAGAGUGAAAGGAGGGAGAUUGACGUUCAAAGGAGGUGCUUUAGCUACUCGGAAAUCGAUCGAUAAGAAGCAUAAGAAGCACAAGAAGAACAAGGACAAGCUCGACGGCACCGAGGGCGGGUCUAAUCCUUCUGCCACCGACGGAGAAUCUGUGGACGCGGUGGUCGACGGCUCUGCAUCUUCCCCCGCCGGUGGAGACGAUAUCUACGCUAUCGAUGCGGCGAAGAAGAAGAAGUACCUGGAGCUUUUUCCGGUGGAGGCUAAGAAGUUCGGUUACACUCCUAACACGAGCUUCAAAUCCGUCGAAGAUGCUCUUGACGAUCGCGUCAAGAAGAAGGCUGAUCGCUACUGUAAAUAGAGCAUUCGCGGUUUCGUAUCCCGUUCCGUACUGAGAUUUGAAUGCAUGAUUUGAGUGUUGUAGUGUGUAAUGACAUGUUUCUGUUGACGUUAAUCGAGUUAGAACAAACUCACAGUGCAUUUUUGGGUUCCAUGA